GGACCUUUCUCGUUCGCACGCGAAAUCUUCGAAGCUCUGCUGAGAUUCUUCGUACCCUGAUUCAUUUUUUUUCCCGAUUCCGUGUUUUUCUCUUGAUCCGUGGUCAGUGGACGAUGUCGGUAUUGUGAUCCAUCGUCUUUGAUAAGGCUAAUUAAACUCAAGAGAGCAUCAAAUGGUUUGAGACUUGAUAUUAUGAAAGUCUAUAUAUGAUCCAGUGUUAGACUUCUUAUCUUCAGCUGGUGGUGCAUCUGACAUUGGAGGGUUUUCUUUCUUUGGAUUCAAGAGACAUACAAUAAUUAUGUCUGGAUCAAGUGAUAAAUUUCAGACUCAGAGCAUGGCUCCAAACAAAAGCAUGCCUACAAAAGGAAUCACUGCAUCUAGCAGGGGAACCAUUUUGCCCAAGGCCUUUAAUCACAUUGCACCUUUGAAAUCAUUAAGAUUAGGGCAAGGGCCCAGUAGUGAGGUUGUCUGGUUUUUAAUAAAAGUUGCAGCUCUGGAAGGCAUUCGAAGGCUCUCUACACCAAGGUUUCCAUUUGUAUGGAGAGCAGUUCAGGCAGUACAAUUUCUUUGCUAUCCACCACUCAAGUGGAUACAGAGAUGGGCACCUUUUAAGAUAUUGGUACAUGGUGCACAGAAACUUUGCCGGCCAUUAUUGUUUCUUUCUGUUACAUCGGCCUUGUCAGAGCUUUCUGAGAGUGAUUAUAGAACAAACAAUGCAGUGGAUGACUCGCCAACAGAAUCUGAAUCUACUGAGGAACCAUCAACUAUUGAUAUUGGGAACUCUGAUGAACCCCUUGAGGACAUGACUUCUGAAAAUUGGUCAAUUCAACUUCGAGUAGAGUUGGCAAAGGAUGGAAUCACUUUGCCUGAAAGGAUUAAUCAGGAUGAGCUUCAAAGGUUCUAUACUGCAGCAAAUGGGUAUUUUCCAUGUUUACUUGCAUCAAUCAAGAAGACCAUUAGGUGGAGGGAAACAUACAGUUUGCUUUCAACGAAAGAAUUGGAACCAUGGUCACAUUUGGUCUUUUGGCAUGGUUUUGAUAUGAUGCAUCGACCAUGCCUUGUCAUUCGCCUUGGACUUGCAUGCUCUAGUUUAUUGCCUCAGGAUAGACCACGGUUUGCUCAAGCUGUUGUGUCUCAACUUGACCAUGGGAUUCUUGAUCUGGUCAAUAUAGAAGAUCCACGAAUCACUGUCUUGAUGGAUUGCGAAGGACUAUCACCGCUUAGAUUUCCUAUGAAUAUGAUGAGAUCCUGUUCAACUCUAGUACAAGAUCAUUUUCCAAAUCGCCUCGCGACUUUAUUUCUUCUACGACUUCCUCCUGUUGUCCGAGUUGUAGCACAAACUUUUAUUCAAGUUUUAAAACCACCAACUCGACAGAAACUACGCAUCGAGGGAGAAGGCUACCUGAAAGCUCUUUCCGAGUACCUUCAACAAGCAGUUCCGGCAUUUCUUGGUGGAAGCUGCAUGUGUCCACAUUGCCGAAUCCUUCUUGGUGAAAUUAAACAGGAAAGAAGAGAAAGCAGAAGAGCUGAUCUCCUCCGGGACACCCCUGACGGUGAAGUAGGGCUUCUUUCGCAUCCCAUUCCAGAGCUUCGAUCGAACGGCAACUUCGAGCAUAUCCUCCGGGUGGGAAUAGUCGCAUUCCUUAUAGUUUGGAUCUUCAUAGCUUUUCUUGCAGGGAUGAAUGAUCCUGACUCCCUCUCAUAUCUUCCUUAAUGAACCAACAACAGCCUUGAAAUGUCGAAAAAUUCUUCUACUGAUGCUUCUGGCAUUUUCAUGGCUUUUGCAAUGUUGUGAUGAAUGCAAAUCUGUAUACUAGUAUUAAUUCUUAGUCAUCAGAAUAAGUAUUGCUUGCAAUAUUUGCUUUCUUGUUAA